AGGAAAGAAUGCAUUGAAAUACAAGAAAAGUUUGAGAAAGAUCCAUCUUCUAUUAUGCCGAUCGAUUCAGGAAGUGAUUCUGAUUUGUCUGUCCAUCUGUCCUCCUAUACGUAUUUUUUUCUUUUGUUCAAUCUACUUGUAGCAAUUUUUGAUAUAUUUUUAUGAGAUAAGUUUAGGAUAUUCAAUAGUGGGCGUAGCAAGGUAUUACGUUUUUUUGCUUGUUUUUUUUUUUUUUUUGUAAAGUUCACUCCACUUAACUUCCAAAACUGAACGAUGGUAACGCCAAAACCAAUCCGCUACCUUACCAUCAAAAAGUAUGCUGGCAUGUCUGCACAAUAAGUUAAAGUCUCCCCCGAGCAUCUGCCUCGUCAACGCCUCUACUCUAUACAAAAAAGCUUCGACCGAUAAGCCCGAUAAUCCACCUGAAAAACGUAUUUUCCAAUUGUAGAUUAUUUGGCCUAUUUUGUCGGAUGCAAGAUUUACGGUAUUUGUUGACUGAUUGCUAGAUCCGUGACGUGAAUUUAAUUCAUUAGUAUUUAAAUUAUUUAUUCCUAAUAAUUGAUCCCAGAAUCAUAAAAGCAAUAUUUGUUUCUAAAGCGCUAAAGCGUUCAUAUUUGAGUCCAUUCAAGGAUUUGUAAAUAAUUCUUUACUAAAUCUAUUUUUUCUGGACUUCAUUCUCGCAGCUAGGAAGGAUACAAAAUUCGCCUCUGGGAAGUCAUAUUCUCUUCAAUCUUCAUUAAGAGAUGGAAGAAGAAGAAGAAGAAAUAUUUAUAGUACUUGAAAUUUCGACAAAAGGUUACUGUGAAUUUUCGAAUGUCUAGUAAUUUUCUUUUACAUUUCUUAGUAAGUUUUCCUUAUUUACAUUUAUUCUAAAUUUGUUUCUUUUUCUUUCUGCAAACCGCAAAAAAGGGACGUGUAGACAUUUUUAUAUAUAACCUUGCGCGCACACGCAAAAUGAGCGACUAAACGAAUUCCAUCAUAAUUUUAAUAAAUUAUUAUAGUGUGUACGCUUGAUUUUCUUAUUCGGUCGCCGUAUGUGGUAUUUAUUUAUAUAGAAUUAGAAUAUGGUAUUUAUUUAUGCAGAGCGGCACUAAUUUUAUACCGCUUUCAGGAUGGAAAAUCAUGUGUGGCUGUUGCGCCAGUAGAUCCCACAGAAGGCAAGGGAGAAAACGAAAAAUUAAAAGUAAACCUAAAGUGAAAGCGAAACAGACCCGCCAUUAUCCAAAGUCUGAAGACAAGCAAGUCUUCGAGCCAAUCAAGGUUAGUUCAGAAAAAGAAAUCCAGGAAGAAGUUGAAGAAUGGCAGGAAAGACGGAAAAACGAAAAAGUUAAGCCAUCACAAGGUACAACCACAACAAAGGAUCCAGGGAUAUUUGAUAGUUGCUUAUGUUGCCUUGAACCAGGCGAUAGUGACUCGAUAAUAAUUGUAAACGAGAGGCCUCGUGAGAGAGAAAGAAGAGAGCAACGCUUAAGAGAAGAAAAUGCACAAAAAUGAAGAGUAUGUGUAUGCGAAAGAUAUUAUUUUAACCUAAGAGAAAAAAACUUCACUUUACAAUAUUCAAAAAAAGAAAGGACGCGGUCGUCAAUUUAUACAUAGCGACUAAAGUAAUUGACAAUUAUACCAAUACUGUGUCACUUUCAAUAUUGCGAUUUAUUCAAACACUAUGUCCAUAUGUUUCCUCUCGAUUACAGGUUACAGGUUGCUUUCAACAUUCUGCACUUAUCUUGAAGACUGCAUAAAUUGAUUAGAGUAUCAUCUUCAUUGUACCAUCGGUAAUCAAUACAUCUAUUUUUUAACUUUCCUAUUGUAAACAUGUAAGCACAUUAGUAUAUGAGCUUAAAUACAAUACGCACGCAUAAUUCUGGGGCCGGUUAUUGGUUUUUAUUGAGUAAACUCGAUCGCAAGUCGGAUAUGUUAUUCGUUAGGGAAAGAUUUUUUAUUCGAUAGCGAAGGCAAGUGUGUACUUUAUCGACAGCUGAGAACUCUCUGCUCGUUAUCGCUAUUGAGCUUACUCGUUACCGUUUGGAUAUGUUAUUCGACAGAGAAAGAUUUUUUGUUUAUUAGUAAAGGAAAGUGUGCCCUUUAUCAAUAGCUGUGGACGUUACUAUCGCCGUCGAAAAUCAUGAAAUGCCACUCGGGCGAAAAUUUCGUUAGAUCUCAAUUGUAAUCGUUCGAGACUCAAAUAUGGCGAGUGUUAUAUGUGAAAGGGGCCAGUGGCCUGCCCCCUGAUGCAAACUUGAACCUAUGCUGCUUUUUAAAACUUUCGAUAUUUAAAAAUUUUAAUUAUAUUUUGAAUAUUUCGCAUUUCGUUUUUUUUUUUAAAUCGAUACCCACCAACCAACUAUUCGCAGCCAAUUAAAAUAUGUCUCGUAA